AUGUCUUGCCUGCGAGUCGAGGGGUCUGACACUCUCAGACUCACGGAAGUGCCUGGCUGUGCGCAGAAGGCCUCAGGGCAGGUCGGCGAAGAGGACGAUUCGGUUUAUUCGGCAUCUGUGCCAAGUCAGCUGAUCCCCUCAGGAGCAGAGCGACUGCCUAGCGAGGAGCCCUUCAGGGAAACCGAAGAUGCAGGCCAGUUGCCUCAGGAACGAAAAGGUCUUUUGUUUGCGUCGUCUCUGCUGCCGUCGUCCUCUUCGGCAAUUCCUCCCAGUUGUGCGUCUCGGCCACCUUUAACUGCGCCAGUUCACAGGUUCGCCAAAGAUGCGGAUAUCUCUAAGCUUCCGCUGUCUCGCAUUCACUUUCGCCCUGUCCGAGCGUCCGAUUACACGCAGCUGCGUCAGCUGCAUGAGGAACUUUUCCCGUUCAAGUAUGAACAUACGUUUUAUGACUUCGUCUGCAAGGGGGAAUGCUUCUCGCUCGCCGCCGUCGUCUUAAAGCGAGACUUGGAGGGGCUGCCACGGCUCCCAACUCCGUGUGCACAGCCGAGGCUGACUCCAGCCCGACACCCUCCGUCGUCCUCUCCUAGAGACCGUGCAUUCUCGCAGGACACAUGUUUGUCCGGGGUUAGCGAGAGGGCGAGGAAUACUACAAUUUUGUCUGGAGACAAGCAGUCUGAUCCCUGCGCCUCAAUUGCGGAGACAUAUCCGACUCCUGAGAAGUCUGCGAGCUCCGUCGCACACGGGAAGGCCGGCCAAGAGCCACUUUCAGAUGAGCUUGACAGGUGGGGAGAUGCGUGCACUCUCGCCAGGAACCCCCACCAGUGCUUGGCCCCAGGUGUUUUGAAUGCUGGUGCAAGAGUUGGGCGCGGCCGAGGGGAUCGAGGCAGCUGUGCGACGACGCAACGACCACCAACGCUUCCCUCGAACUCCAGUGCGCAGCAACCGUCGGAGAGCUCUAUCCGGCAUGGCAAUCCAUCAUUCACUUCUGGCUCAUCUGUUCAAGACGACAGUGGAGAUUAUGUCGUUCAGGAAAACUUCGGGCAUAUGAACGCUCCGAAAGGGGAUGGCUGUGUUGACGAAGACGCUGGAGAAUCGGCGGUCAUUCCAGCUCUGCUGGAGAAGGGGCAGAACGACGACAGAUGUAGUGCGGAGGAAUUUCUUGUUGGUAUAAUCACGGUAUCCCUCAAGUCUGCUUACUUCCGAUCACAUGAUGUGGACUGCGUACGGAAGUGGUAUAGAAUGAGGCGCGAAUCCUUGCAGCUUGCUGGUUCGGCGUGUGCCCCAGGACCUGUAGCAGGGCCACGGUCUACAAGGCAGAUACCCACAUGUUGUAAGCAUGCUCUGAUACGAGAUGCAGCGGAACAUCAGGUGCAUCAACCCCAUGCCGCGAAAUGCGGCCAAAAGAAAAUGCCAGCGUCGUCUGGUGCACAUGUUCCGUCUGUGCGUGCCACUAGGUUUUAUUCGAAUGUCGCUAAUCACCAUUAUGGGGAUUGUAGCGCCUCAGGAAUGUGUCACGUUGGAGAGGAGUGUUCGGAGAAACGGACGAAGCUGACAAGCGACCUCGUGGAGGCGACCCGCUCGGGUGUACUGACGAUGACCAGUGCAGUGUGUCGUGGGAGCGAAGAUGCCACAGAUGUUAGUCACCCGGUCUCAAUAACCGCGGAGGAGGCUUGCGCUUUGACGUUUCCUAAUCUUCAAGCCGAUGAAUCCGUAUCGGAUUUGGCUUAUAUUCUUACGCUAGGAGUUGCAGAAGAGUUCCGGCAAAAGGGACUUGCCCAAGAACUCAUUCAAAGAACACUCGCGUACUUUGCUUGUCCGUGUGUUAAUAAGCUUCCGACACGAUCCGUGUUUCUCCAUGUCGUAGAAUACAACCAUGCAGCGUUGCAUUUCUAUGAGAAGCAGAAAUUCAAGGCGAUUGAGUUCUCUAAAGACUUCUACCAUAUCUAUGGCUCUGUGCAUGGGUCCUUUUUGUAUGCGUACAAUUUGGCGGAGCUGGAGGGUCGUUGCGAAUGCUCCAUAGCUGCGGAUGCGAAGCAGCCGCAUGGCAUCUCUGGGGUUAAAGCCCUCGCCAAUGGGCAUAUUCAGGAUGGCGUCCAGUGGGGAUUAUCUGGAAUGCAAAAUGCUUUCAGAAAGGUCGGCGAGACACUGGGAAACCUCUGGAAUAGCAGUGCUCGCGCAGGAGGCAUCGAGUUUGUUGACGACUCUUCUGGAACAUCAUACGGGGCAGAAGGCAAGGGACAGGGAGAAAAUAACAGGAAGACAUCGGGGGAGUAA